GUCCAUUUUAUUAGUUUUAGUUAGUUUUUUUUGCUAAGUUAAUUUUAACUUUUGAUUUUCACAAAACUUUCUUCUAUUUGUGUGCUCGCAAACAGCACGAGCUGUACGAACAACAGCUCUUCAGCGAUGUAAACUAAGUAAUAUAUCCCAUUCAACAUCCCAAGCAGAGUUCGUUCUUAGCUGCAAUGGCCCAAAGUCCACCGCCUCAACCGCAUCUGGCUUAUGCUCAUAGUACUAUGCAUAGUGCUCAUCAUAUCAGCCCUUGGGAUACGUGCAAAGGUCAUGCCAUCUACCAAAGCACUCCUUAUCUUCCGAUGGCAUUGUCAACGCACUCUCGCUACGCAUCGACACAAAAUCUUUCCGACACCUACGUCCAGUUGCCUGGUGCCUAUUCGCCUCUAUACAGUCCCUCAGUAGCGAGUUUGUGCUCGUCCUAUGAACCACCGCCACCACCUCCUCUGCAUCCAGCUACUCUGGCAAACAGCUCAAGCUUAUUUGCACGUUCUCGCCUCUAUACAGUCCCCCAGUAGCGAGUUUGUGCUCGUCCUACGAACCACCGCCACCACCUCCUCUGCAUCCAGCUACUCUGGCAAACAGCUCAAGCUUAUUUGCCCGUUCUCGAUCUGAUGACAAUAUUUUGAACUCAAUUGAUGCUAUGCCCAAAAUGAAGAGAUUACCACCUCCACCUCCCCCUCCAAAUGUGGAUCGGCGGUUGAAGAAACCCCCAAUGCCAGCGCCUCACGAAAAACCUCCUCCAAUUCCUUGCAAGCCCUCUUCGAUGGGUCUAAGUUCACAAACGGCACUACAUUCAACAACUCGAAACAUAAAAACGCACAAGCAACCUACUCACUCACAUAGCCUUCAACAACAACAACAGUUGCACCAGCAACAUCAACAACGCAUGCAUUUACUACGCAGUGAAGUUUCCACAUCUUCUGCAUACUCAGCCACAACAAACAAUAACGGUGCUAAUUCUUUGAUAACGAAAAAUGGCAAUCCCAUUGAUAUCCAACUACUACGCGAAAAAAGUCGCCAUCUUGAUUUACCGCUUAUGUCGGCUCUAUGCAAUGAGCUUCUCAAGCAAACAAAGGCUUUUGGAACGCCAAAGAAUGCAAGAAGCUCGGUAGGCACACCAGCAAUAGCAGCGGGCACUGGUCAACAAAUGAUGUGGCCACAAUUCCAUGCAAGCCUCACCCAUCAAACAGCUACAAAACCAGCGCCACAACGUUACCCCGCAACUCAAAAAUCUUUAGGUGUAUAUAUGUCAGCUGUCAGCGCCAUCAAUGGAAGUCAUCAACAACAGCAACAGCAGUUGUCAAAACCUCGAAAAGCAUCUAUCCAUCAUCGACAUCCGAAUAAUAAACUUCCGCCAUUGCCAAUGCAAAUGGCCGAAGCUAAUAAUUACGUUAUGGAUCCAACACCGGCCAUUUUGAAGCACAAGAGUUAUAACUCACAAACGUAGGGCACAAGGAGUUUCAAUGGGAAAAAAGCCUAGUUGAUUGCUAGGUUUGUUUGAUUUACAAUUCUCGAAACAUUGCCAACAACAAGUAUUUUACCUGUCGGUUAUUUUUUGACGUUCCGUAUGGUAUUCGUUGGCAACAUAAAUUCGAAAUCUUUUGAUUCAUUUUGAAUUCGUGGCUUAUAACGAGUCAAAUCAAACUGACAGAGCGAAAAGGUUUUGUGCAAUUUGACAGAUGCGUUGACUUCAUAUGAGUUAUAGUAUUGACUUUAGGAAAUAUUUUGACAGCUAGGUAAAGUUUACAAAUUACUUUGUGAAAAGAGAACAGAAGAUAAGAAAGCUUUCCUAAGGAAACUGUGUAGUGAGUAAUAACUGACGAUUUUAAAGUUGACAGUUUAUUAUAAAAUUGCCACUUUGACAGGUCAAGAAAAUUUCUGCAUAUUCAAAGUCAUUAGUUUUGUAGGAAUUUUUUUCUACAAUGAUAGUUCUAUUUUAAUUCAAAAAUAUAUGACAUUUUGAUCUACAAAAUUGUAAUGAUCAUUCCACCAAUUUCUAUGAAAAUCAGGCAAUAUUUAUAGUUUUGAAACAAAACCAAAAAUUACAAAUCAUACUAUCUCAAUACAUUCCAUGACACAUUCAAAAUCUGGCAGAUCUUCUUUCAGUUGUACCAAUCUUUAAACAAAAAAAUCUGGAUACUGCGGAUCGUUUUGUUGGCAAUUUCUCACUGU